UCCCAUGACAAGGAACACGUGUAAAUUUGCGCUGUGUUUGACAUCGUGUUCCUAUCCUCUCCUCUCCUCCGAAGCUUUUCCUCUCACCGCGCUGUACUUCUCGGUUACGCCACGCCACGCCACAUCGAACACGUUUUUAUUUUGUCGGUAACCAGCAAUUAAUAUUAGUGAUGACAAAUAUUUCUUCUCUGGGAUAAUUUCACGAGUGACGAGCUAGCAAGAGAGCGACUGCAAAUGAUUGUUGCAGGGAUUGGAUUUGACGUUUGUUGAUCCAGCCAUUUGGAAAGCAUAAAUCAUAUUGAAUAUUUUAAGGGCGUGUUUGGAUCAAAAUUAGGGUUCGGACUUGGAUUCUGUAAAUGCAAUUUUCUUUCGAGGUCUCGUCAGAAUGUCGCAAGCUUCAACUGCUCAAAGCUCUGCUUAUCUCACGGCUCUCACCCAAGAAAUCGAGAAAAAGCUCCUGCGGGCAUUAGCUUCUCAAUCGCAGAGGCGCAACUUGUUGGAACAGCUGUUUGCUGACAUAGCUUUGGAAGUUGAUGACAGAGCAAGAGAUAUGAUUCUCAGUGGGGAAGAAGAUGUAAUUUCUCCAGUGGAGGAAAGGAGUGAGAGUAAAUUAUGCUUUUAUGAUGUGCUCGCUGAUCAUUAUGUUAGGGUGCCUGAGAAUGGAAAAUCUAUCCUUGAUUUGAUUGUCCAGUUAUGGAGCCAGUUAUUUGCAUCUCAAAUUUUUGCCUUGCUGUUCCACAAAUGGUUAUUUGAGGUUCAACUUGAGAAUUCUGAAGUGCUCUUCCGUUAUUCGUCUGCUCUUGUUCAAGGUGCUACAAAUGUGUUCUGGAUUGACAUCCAAACAAACACAAUGCGCUUCCAGUCUCUCUUUCGUUAUCUCCUAGAGGAAGUUGCAUUGGUGCCCACACGAUUAAAUAAGAUUGCUCCACAGGCCCAAAGAGAUCUCUAUCUUCUACUUUCAAGGUUCAUAUUCUUCUAUAACUUUGUUGACAAGCUUGAAAGCUUCUUGAAGGAAUUUCCCAUUUUCCCAAAUUCCUUCUUGGCUGGUGGUCCAGCAGACAUUUUUGUUAUUGAACUUGCUGACCAGCUUCAAAAAUUGAAGGUGGAGCCAGUACUUGUACAUUACCUUUCCCAAAUUAAAGUUCUCCAAGGCUUGGAGCUAAGAAUGACCACAAGUACAAGGUUGAAAGCUUGCUUAUAUAGCUUUACUUCACCUGGCGGUCCAAUGUAUCCCACAAGGAUUGUUCGGCAUGCAGCUUGGGAAGCAUUAGAUUUUCUUUUCCCUGUUGGACGGUAUCCUCGACAUCUCAUUAGCCUAUUCUUCCGAUUGCUAUAUCCAUGGUACUGGCCUUCUUCUUGUUGGAACUUCAUAAUGUCUUGCAUAAAGGCUGUUCUGUAUUCUCUAUUGAGGUUGAUAUUUUCAAGUUUGGAAAAGCUGAGAAGGCCCAAGAAUGCCUAAAAUAUAGAUACUAGAAUUUUGAUGAUCCAGCCUCCUGUAAAAUUUUAACCGAAGAUCAGAUGCCCAAAGUGUGUAUCAUUUCAGAUUUAUUUAAUGUGGGUUCCACACGAUUCUAAUUCAUACUGGUUCUUUCUAGU